CGCGCGGAGCCUGCAGAGUUCGAGCGUCCUUUGUGCUGGGCGACCGCCCCGGGAUGCGUCCGAGCUAGGAGCCAGGUCCAGAAUGGGGGCCAUGUCUGUCUGGACCUCGGGUCUCCUGAUAUUCCAGGUGCUGCUUUUUGUGACUGGAGAGCAGGGCACUCAGGAUGCUGCUGAAAAAGGACUGCACAUGCAGAAAGUUGGGUCUGGGUCAGUGAGGGCUGCGCUGGCAGAGUUGGUGGCCUUGCCUUGUCUCUUUGCCCUGCAGCCACAGCCAGGUGCUGCCCACGAGGCCCCUCGGAUCAAGUGGACCAAGGUUCGGACUAUGUCUGGCCAGCGGCAGGACUUGCCCAUCCUGGUGGCUAAAGAUAAUGUGGUACGAGUGGCCAAGGGCUGGCAGGGGCGUGUGUCACUGCCCUCUUACCCCCGCCACCGGGUUAAUGCCACACUGCUGCUGGGGCCGCUGCGGGCCAGCGACUCGGGACUGUACCGUUGCCAGGUGGUGAGAGGCAUUGAAGAUGAGCAGGACCUGGUGCCCCUAGAGGUGACAGGUGUUGUGUUCCACUACCGGGCUGCCCAGGAUCGCUAUGCCCUCACCUUUGCUGAAGCCCAGGAGGCCUGCCGGCUAAGCUCAGCCACCAUUGCAGCCCCAAGGCACCUGCAGGCUGCUUUUGAGGAUGGCUUUGACAACUGCGAUGCUGGCUGGCUCUCUGACCGUACAGUUCGGUAUCCCAUCACUCAGUCCAGACCAGGUUGCUAUGGUGACCGUAGCAGCCUUCCAGGAGUCAGGAGCUAUGGGAGACGAAACCCACAGGAACUCUAUGAUGUCUACUGCUUUGCCCGUGAGCUGGGGGGCGAGGUCUUCUACGUGGGCCCUGCCCGCCGCCUGACAUUGGCUGGCGCGCGUGCCCAGUGCCGUCGCCAGGGUGCCACGCUGGCCUCGGUGGGACAGCUGCAUCUCGCCUGGCACGAGGGCCUGGACCAGUGCGACCCGGGUUGGCUGGCUGAUGGCAGCGUGCGCUACCCAAUCCAGACUCCGCGCCGGCGCUGUGGGGGUCCGGCCCCAGGAGUGCGCACCGUGUACCGCUUCGCCAACCGAACAGGCUUCCCCGCUCCAGGAGCGCGCUACGACGCCUACUGCUUCCGAGCUCAUCACCCUUCACCACAGCAUGGAGACACAGAGACCCCUUCAUCUGGGGAUGAGGGGGAGAUUUUGUCUGCAGAAGGGCCCCCAACCCGAGAAUUGGAGCCUAGCCUGAGGGAAGAAGUGGUCACACCUGACUUACAGGAGCCACUGGUAUCCAGUGGAGAGGAAGACCCUCUGAUCCUGGCAGAGAAGCAAGAGUCUAUAGACACCCACAGCCCUGCCCCUGGGAGCCUCAUGCUGGCCUCCAGCCCCACCUUGGAGGCUGAGGGGAUAUGGCUGAGCACAAUAGCCCCCAGCCCUGGCCUGAUGCUAGUAGCUGGUACUGGCACACACACUGUGACAGCCGCUCCCAGCCCCAUACCCAGGAAAAGGGGACGCUUCAAGGGACUAAAUGGACGCCACUUCCAGCAGCAGGAACCCCAGCAAGGUCUAGAGGGGGCCCUGGAGGCCAGCUCCCAGCCCCCUACCCCAGAAACUGCUGGAAAUCAUGUGGAGCUUCCCCUGACCACAGGAACCACAGAGUCCUUGGGGAGUGACCACAGCCAAAGACCCUGGGUCGUGCUGAGCAAUGAGGUCGAUGUGCCUGGAGCUGGUUCUGCUGGCGGCAGGAGUCCCCCAGAGCCCUGGCUAUGGCCUCCAACCUUGGUCCCACACAGCAUCUCAGGCCCCAGCAGGGACCCUGGCCUGGAGUCAGAGGAAGCUAAAGGUCCCAGUGUGAGACCAGUCACACCCAAUCUUCCCUGGUCCCCCUCGGAGACCACUGCCCCGGAUCUCAGUCCCUCUGGGAGCCCAACUUCUGCCCCAUGGGAUGCCUCCCCCAUGGUCACUUCACAAGACCUCCCUGUGAUGGCCAUGCUUCGUGCCCCCAAGCCAUGGCUCCUACCACAUUCUACACCCCUCCCCACCCAGGCUAACAGGGUUGAGGUGAUUAGUGAGGCCACGGCAUCAUCUUCACCCUCCCCUGCUUCAGACACCCAGGCUGACCCCCAGGCCUCCAUUGAUCCAGAGGUAUAUUCUCUGACCUCCUCCAUCCUAACAAGAUGGAGUGGAAAGGCCACACCCAAUAGCAACAGUGCAGGAAGUCCCACAGUUCCCUCACAGGCAGACAUGAACACACAAGCUGAAGCUAGACCUAGCUCCCCCAGCUCAGACUUUGGAGAAAUUGGGGGAACCAGCCUCACUCAGCUUAGCGAAGCUGAAUACCCCAGCCCCAGCCCACAGGCUUCUGUGGACAAGAUUAUAGUGACAGAUCUCCCUCUCACUGAGGCUGCCAUGGAGCCCACAGGAACCAGACACACCUUGGAGACUGAUUCUAGGGCCUUCAGCACAACAUGGCAGACUACCAUGGAGGAGGUACAGGGCAUGUGGCCCACACUACACAGUGAAGGGCUGGACUUGCACCCUAAAUCUACACCUUUGGGAGGACCUAGGGUGACUCCAAGUUUGGAGCCUUGGGUUGCUACAGAUGAAAAAGUAACAGUGGACCCCAUGGCUUCUACAGCCAUGCUGGACCCUGGCAGUGCUGGUGGAAUUUGGGAACCUAGAUCCCACAUGGUUGAGGGAAUUGAAAUUUCCACCAUGAGUCCUCAGGGGGCUGUGGACACAACUGUGGGCACGUCCCUAAUGUCCCUGAGCCAGGAGAACAAGGCAGGGGACCCAGCCACUUCCACAUUGGUCUCCUCCAGCUCCCAACCCCACUCAGAGCUGGAGGAUCAGACAGUAGGAACCUCAGCUCCAUCACACCAGGGCAGUCCCCUGGGGGAGCCUGAUCUUCCUCCUUGGACACCAACUUCUGCCAGCAUGGAAGAGCCUGCCUCAGUGUCCUUGGGGGAGACUACCAUGCUGUGGAACCCCCCCAGCACCAUCUUGCCUACUUCCUUGGGCCAAGAGGAGUUUGAGCUGGAGGUCCUAGGGGGGAGUCCAGGUGUGGAGGGCUUCUGGGAAGAGACAGCAAGUGGAGAAGAGCCCACCCUGCCGGGGAGCCCUGCAAACUGCACUGUGGAGGAGGCCCCCGUGGAUCCCUGUGAGAACAACCCUUGCCUGCAUGGGGGCACCUGUAAAGCCAAUGGUACCGUGUAUGGCUGUAGCUGUGAGCAGGGAUACACCGGGGAGAACUGCGAGAUAGACAUUGAUGACUGUGUCUCCAGCCCCUGCGAGAAUGGGGGCACCUGCAUUGAUGAGAUCAAUGCUUUCAUCUGCCUUUGCCUCCCCAGCUACGGGGGCAGCCUCUGUGAGAAGGACACAGAGGGGUGUGACCGCGGCUGGCACAAGUUCCAGGGCCACUGUUACCGCUACUUUGCCCAUCGACGGGCAUGGGAAGAUGCUGAGAGAGACUGUCGCCGCCGAGCUGGCCACCUGACCAGCGUUCACUCACUGGAGGAACACAGCUUCAUUAACAGUUUCGGACGUGAGAAUACAUGGAUCGGCCUGAAUGACAGGAUUGUGGAGAGGGACUUCCAGUGGACAGACAACACUGCGCUGCAAUAUGAGAACUGGCGGGAGAACCAGCCUGACAAUUUCUUUGCCGGUGGUGAGGACUGUGUGGUGAUGGUGGCUCAUGAGAGUGGGCGUUGGAACGAUGUUCCCUGCAAUUACAACCUCCCUUACGUCUGCAAGAAAGGCACAGUGCUCUGUGGUCCCCCUCCAGCAGUGGAGAACGCCUCACCUGUGGGUGCCCGCAAGGCCAAGUACAAUGUCCAUGCCACAGUUCGCUACCAGUGCAAUGAGGGGUUUGCUCAGCACCACGUGGCCAUCAUUAGGUGCCGGAGCAACGGCAAGUGGGACCAUCCCCAAAUCGUUUGCACCAAACCCAGACGGUCUCAUCGGAUGCGGCGGCACCAUCACCACCACCAUCACCAUCAGCAUCGCCACCACAAAUCUCGCAAGGAGCGCAGAAAACACAAGAAACACCCAGUGGAGGACUGGGAGAAGGAAGAAGGGAAUUUCUGUUGAAGAGCCAGGGAAAGCAAGCACAACCCCCUUCCCAUACCUCCUCUGGCGCCUUCACCUGGGGAGACAGAGCCCAGAGAGAAGCAAGAAGUUCUGGAAGUCCCUGAGCCCCGAACUACAUCCCCCAUUCAUAAUCCUUUGUAAAAAACUCCUCUUCCCUUUCUUACAUACACAAUUCCUCUUGGCAGGAGUAGCCUUGUGUCUGAAGUCAGUUUUAGGUUGAGCUCUGGGAGCAUCUCCCAGCAGAGGGAAGCACAAUCAACAAAGAUCUUCUUUGUACCAGUUUAGUUACUUGUUGGCAAGGCUGAUUGCCAGAUGUUGAAAUAAGGCUUUGAUGAAGGUGCAAGAGUAUAUAUUUUUUGACUUGCAUGAAAGAAUUGCUUUUCACACCUGACAACUUGGGCUUAGUAAACCACUGGAUGUCCUAAAUGCAGGCUGAAGCCUAGUUUUAAGGUCACUGACUUUGGGAGUAGCAAACUAUUUGGAAGCACCCUGCUUGAACUCGGCUACUGCUCUUUCUUUACUUCACUGCUGUUCCUGGACUUCAGCCCAAGGCUGUUCUUUAGUCUUGGUGGGUAAACAUAGCGUGAAAAUCCUAUGUAUAAAUUUUAGUGAUUUUUUUUUUUUUUUUUUAGGAAAACCUCCCUCUGUUCCCUCAGAGUUAGGGGUCAGGAUAGUCAGAGAACUAUGUGGGCAGAGGAUGGAAGGGUCUGCUUUCCCUCUUAGGUGUUGUCCAAUGAUGACAUUUGGUGGUUCUGACAAUGACAUAGAUGAAAGGAUGUCUGGGGCUUGGCAAGCCCAGACCUCUUCUCCGUCCAUCUCUCAGGGAGACAAAGAACCUCCUUCCUGGACCAAUGAGGUGCCAAGUUUUCUAGCUCAUUGUCCAUACUCACUCUUCAAGCAGACAUUGGUAGUGCCCCUGUCCUGGGCCCCGCCCUGAUGCCUCCAUCCCUGUCUUCACAAAUUGUCUGGAAGAUUAGAAACACUUAACACUUGUAGUGACAUCCGCCUGCAGUCAUGUUAUAGAGAGAUAUGCAGUAUUAAAACUAAAACACACACACAUUUUUCUCUCAGUUUUUUCUUUUUUGAGUAGGAAAGAAUUCACCCUGCCUGCCUCCCUCAAAUCUUCAUCCUGUAAAAGACCUCCCAAAUGAGUGGAAGAAAGGAAGAAAGUUUCAGGUAGAGGGAGAACAAAGGCAAAAGUCCUCAUCUUCAGCAGGAAAGGCCACAGCUUCACCUCCAAGUCCUUUGCCCACUUUCAAACCCUCAAAUCUGAGUUAAUGAUGUGGAGAAAUGUUAAAACAGUAGAGAAUGAACCUCUGUAGAAAAGAAAAAUAAGCAACUACAUGGUCUUUCCAGGGGUUUAGUAGAGAAAAGGAAUGUACACUGAACCUGUAUCCCUCCUGGGACGUAAUCAUCACAGUUGACAACGCUGGAAUUGGUAUUAUGGCAAGACCUCAUCUCCUUGAAAUGCCUCAGCAUCCCAGUGAUUUGGGAACUAUAAUUGCCCAUUUUACAUAUAAUGUAAAUGAGGGUUAGAGAAGGGUAAAGCCCUGGCUUGAAGUGAUAGGCAAGACAGGAAUAAGGAUUUGAUCCUGACUGCAAACACUACUCUCUUACUUUGGAAAAAGGGAUGGAAACAUAAUCACACUCUUUCUCACACACAGGCAGAUUUAAGAAAAGGCUGAGAAGUGCAGAGUAGGCUAGAAUAUUUGACUGUGGUCUUCAGUCUUACCUGCUAUUGCCAUAACCUUAAUGGGUGCUGAGAGAGCCCAGGGUUAUAAGUUUGCCUCUUGCUUUGAUCAUUUUUGUUUGGGUUUAAAAAAUAUAAUAAUAGCGACACAUCUUCAGUUAUCCAUUCAUAGAAGAAUUUUCCUUUGGGGGGCAUCACAAAAGAAUUUUCCUUUUGGGGGAUACUGGGGAUGCAGCUUUUGGGGGGUGUUGGUUUAUACCCCCUACUCUUGGCUCCCUCAGCCCCUUGCCCUGCCUCCACCCAAGCCCCACAAUGGGAGGGGGCUCUGGUCUUUUUUAAAGUGGGUGGUUUGUCUUUUGGUCUUUCCCUUAGGGGUGUGUGUAUGUUUGUGUGCCACAUGUGUGGUACACGUGUGAGUGUGUGUGUGUGUGUAUGUGUGUGUGAAUAGCUUUGGUUCUGCUGGUUUUGCUGUAAGCUGCAGUGUUCUGUGGGUCUGUGGUAUCUGACACUGUGGACAUUAAUGUACUUCUUGGACAUUUUAAUAAAAUUUUUUAACAGCUCAA